UCACGGUCAUGGAUGUAGGAACGAAACGAAGUGCGCGCGCUGUCAGCCAACGAUUUUACGUCGCUGAAGUUGGUCUGUUUUGCUUUACCUAUUGCACUCCGCGUGUUGAAUGUUCCAGUGUGUGGUUAUAAAUAGUGUUUUCAUAGUUGGAGAACGCGAGCUCGACGUCCAGAUUUAGAUAUUUUGGAACAGAACUCGCGCUAAUUAUAAACGUGAUGUAGAUCGGGCUGCCGUCGUGCGAUUCAUCUGCGUCUUCUUGCUUUCAUUGGAGCGCGAACUAUUGCGCUUUGUGAUCGCUGAUCGUGUAGUGUUGUGAUAAUGGGUGAUAUAUCGGAGCCAAUAAAGAAAUGCAUACUAAUCCUAAAAUCUGCCAAGAGCGAUACAGAAAAAUUUGCCGCGCUCUUCAUGGUUACAAAACUAGUGAAGAGCAAGGAUUGUAACUCCCAAGCUAAAAAAGCUUUAUUCGAAGCUAUUGGAUUCAAGUUCUUGAAAAAACUGCUGACAAGCAACAAUGUAGAAGACGACUGCCCUCCAUCUGUGUACAAGUCAGUUGCACUCUCCAUACUGACAUGUUUCUGCAACGAUCCCGAGCUGUCUGCACACCCAGAGAUGCUCGCCAACAUACCGGUGUUCCUUGAUAUUGUACAAACUUCAGACAAUGAUGACUAUGAUGAUAAUCUGAUCAUUAUCAGUGAAGCAUACACAUGCCUCCAAUGCAUAGCAGAACAUGAAGCUGGUCAGAAAGCACUGAUUGAAGUUGGUGCAAUCAAGAAAAUGUCAGAGAUUUAUUCGCACCAAAGCUUCCAAACAGAUGAAGCUUUAAAUAUUCUUGUAAAAUUGGUGAGCCGAUAUGGGCCUGCAGCUUGGGGAAAUGAUCCCACACCUUUUCAUGCAUUGGUCAACAAAAUAGCAUUAGACUUUGCUACAGAUCAAUCAGAGAGAAAAUUUGAGUUAGCUACUAUCCUAAGUGCACUUUUAUAUAGUUGUAAUAAGUCUACAGUGAUACCUGGGUCUUCAGAGGAAACCUGGCCACAAAGUAUCUACAAAGCUCUCCAUGAUAUUCUCACUAGUAAAAUUGGGAAAAACCAAAGAGAUCCAGCAUUGAAAUUAGCUGCUAACAUUGUUGACCUCCUUGGAAUUGAAUGGACAUUGAAUGAUGAAGAAAAUCCAAAGAAAUUUUUCCUGCUACUUCUUCAGUUGAGUGCCAUAGAAAUAAGAAUGCAGCUUGAAGACAGAAGUUUUAAACAAGCAUUUGCUAAUGCAGAUUUAGUGACCUCCUGCUUUACAAUAUUAGAGUUAUCUGUGAAUUAUAUGGCAACUGACCAGUUAGAUUUAGAACAAAAAGAGAAACAGUCAGUAUACACUAGCCUUAAAGGAGCUUUCAAUGCUGUUGUCUCUAUUUUAACUAAGAUAUGUAAUGAUAAGAAUAGAGAUAAGUUACCUGAUUCUGAGAAAGUAUUUGUUUGUGCAAUGAUCAGAGUUUUAGUGUCAUGGAUUGCUCAAGAAACAACAGCAAUGAGAGAGCAAAUAUAUGCAUUGCUUCCAUUCAUAUUCUCACUUGCUAAUGAUUCCUUUCAUGCCUAUCGAGCCAGAAAGUUAUCAGAAAAAAAUAAAUCUGAUGGUGAGGGCAUGGAUGUUGACACCAGUCUCAUGGGCCAAGUAGAUUUACUACGCUUGAUGUUACCGGCUCUAUGCCAUUUGGUUGUUGAAGACAAAGCCAGAGAUAUUGUACUGAACUUGAAAGAAGAAGAUAUUCUAUAUGAAUCAAUGAAUUUCCAUUGGUCAAUUGUACAUUACAAAAAGCCUCCAAUUCCAAAAUCGGAGAGGGGUAAAGUCAAAACACAGCCUGAACCAGAACUGGAUCCAAAAUUAUUAGAAGAUAUGAAAGACUCUAGAGCUGCCAUGGUCAGCCUUUGUAACAUAUUUAUGAACCUGACAGUAUUAGCUCCAAAAGUUGUUGAAAACAGUAUAUUAUUCAAUACUUUAUUGAAAUUCAUAUUCAAUAAUUUACCAGAGUUGAAGAACAUCCCAGAUAAUCUUGUGCUUCAUGGACAUUUGGCUGUUUUAGGUUUGCUAUUACUGAAACAACAAGCAAGUAAGGUAAAGAAAAACGAUUUCUCAAUAUGCAGAUAUAUUCAAUCUACAAUAAGAUUCCUGUGGGAUGCAUACAAUGUGGAUGAAUCGAAUGAUCCUACAGCACUUGUUGUUUCAAUGACAUAUAAAGAACAUUGGAAUGAAAUAGCUGACCUUUGGUUCUUAGGUAUGCAAACUAUGAGUGGUGUUUUAACCAUAGUCCCAUGGAUAUCGGAGUUUGCUAUUGAGAGUGGAUGGGCAGAAGGCAUUGCUGAGAUGCUAGCCAAAGUCAAAGUUGGUACUCUACCUCCUAAUGUAAAAUCUGCUUUUGAAGACUUUUUAUGUAGAUUAGUGGACUCCAAUGAGGCAGUUAUACCAGUACUUAAAAAGGGAGGAGCACUUAAAAUGUGUCGAAGUCACAGAAUGAUGGACUUGGGAAAGAAAUUGUUUGGAGAUUAAAAUAAUAAUUAUAAAUAAUUACAUAAACACUUUGUUUUACAUUUUUUUUUAAUAAAAUAAAUACUUGUUAUCUUUAUGAUGUAUGGUACAUUGUCUUAACAUGAAUUAGAAAUGUUCAAUAUUAAUCUACUUGUCAUCUUUUUUAUAGACUAGUCCCAAUGACUGAGUAUCUUGGUAUAAUAUACACUUUUAACUAAUUUGUGGUAAGCCUGAUAUACCAUAUUAUUAGUUUCCUGUAUAAAUAGCAAGUCUAAGAAUAAACAAGGUACUUAUUGAUUUUGAAUUAUUAAUUUUGACUAUAUUAACCUACAUUUCAUGCAUGUAUGUUAAUUUAAAAUAUAUAAAUACUAAAACACAUUAUGUAUGAUCCAUUUGAAAUAUACAUUUAUCUUGACACAUGAUUU